AUAACCCCAAGAUCAUGACAGGGUUUUUAGGUUAAGUGGCGGAAGUGGUCAAAACUGUACACAUUUCUAAUUUUUACAGCAUUUUAUAGUCGUUUUCGAGUCUCACAGUUAACUGACUAGUGGAAAAAGUGAAAUUUCGGGCUUGGUGUGUACUUACAGUGCACAGCAGCAACGGGCAGGCGAGUAAUUCAACGUCAACUCGCUCAAAAAUAGCUUUUCUCGAGUAAAACCUUGAGCCACCAGCUUUGAGAUCAUAUUCUGUAAUUGGUUCCCCACAGGUUGGCUUAGAACCACUCAAGAGACGAGGAUUACUUUACUGGACCCUUUCGCGGGUUGCAUAAAGUUAGAGCCAACAGGAAGAACUUGCAACUUGAAAUGAAUCGUCUGGGAAUAACGGCGCCCAGUGGAGUUUCCGACAGCUCCUUGGAACUGACAUGGCAGGACUCCACAUGGAUUCCCAUCUUAAACACAUCGAACGUGCUCGAGUAUUUCUCGCAGGCUUCGAACUCGUUUUUCGAUAAGACUUGCAACAACGAGAUUAUCAAGAUGCAAAGGCUCAAUCCUGAUCAGCUACAAAACAUGACCGGACUGGAAUAUAUGCUGUUGCAUGUCCAAGAGCCGAUUCUCUAUGUGAUUAGAAAACAGCACCGCCACAGCCCCCAACAGGUGACGCCUCUGGCUGAUUACUACAUAAUCGCAGGAGUUGUCUACCAGGCCCCCGACUUAAACAGUGUGCUCAAUUCAAGGCUGCUGUCGGCUGUUCAUCAUUUACAGUCGUCUUUUGAAGAAGCGUCAGCAUUCUCCAGAUACCACCCGAGCAAAGGCUACUACUGGGACUUUAAGUCGCAAAAGGGCCCUGAAAAGGUAAAAAUCCCGGAAAAAGAGAAGCCGAAAGAGGAAUCCAGCUCGUUGUUUCAACGACAAAGAGUGGACAUGUUACUGGGGGAGUUAAUUAUGAAAUUUCCGCUGCCAACGCCACCGCAGCCCAAAACGGCGGCCACUGCUCGAGUGAAAACUGAAAGUGAAAAUGGAGCGCAAGAUGCCAAAGACAAGGCUGAUGUUAAACAGGAGACUAAGGUGGUGAAACCUCCAGCGGACAAAAAGCCCAGACUGAAUUAACUGGAUUUGUGCAUUUAUAUUGUAUUUACACUUUAUUGGGUGGUUUUGGUGGCCAGCAUAAUUUAAAAUUUAUAGAAGUAAAUAACGAAAUGUAACAGAAAGUUGAUAAUACAUAAAUUAAUUGAGUAAAAUAAA